AUGUUGUCGUGGAUCCUCCGUGGCUGCCGCGACGAGUGCUCCGCCACUGACCAGCUCAAGCAGGCUCGUGAUGUCUUUGUGGCAAAAGAGGCAGUCUUGCAAAAGAAGAUAUCACAAGAGAUGGAACGUGCCAAGUUGUUCACAAAAUCAGGAAACAAGCAAGCAGCAAUGCAGUGCUUGAAGAGGAAAAGGUACUACGAGAGCCAAAUGAACCAGGUUGGAAGUGUCCGGUUACGCAUUGAUACCAAGGAAAAGAUGAUCGCUGAUAACAUGGUGAACAAAUAA